GUCAUGGGUCACGCGACUACGCCAUUUUGCAGUAGGUGUCAUAUGCAGAGCACAGGUACUAGCAUUGCACGGAGAAUAUCUGUCAGCUGUCACUUAUUGAGGAAAGAAAAUGUCGUCAAGAAAGAAGGUUUUGUUAAAGGUGAUAAUACUGGGAGACAGUGGUGUGGGGAAAACAUCACUUAUGAACCAGUAUGUAAACAAAAAGUUCAGUAACCAGUACAAGGCCACCAUAGGAGCUGAUUUUCUAACCAAGGAGGUGAUGGUGGAUGAUAGACUUGUCACGAUGCAGAUUUGGGAUACAGCGGGUCAGGAAAGAUUCCAGAGUUUGGGUGUGGCAUUCUACAGAGGAGCAGAUUGUUGUGUUUUAGUUUUUGAUGUUACAAUGCCAAAUACAUUUAGAUCUCUGGACAGUUGGAGGGAUGAAUUUCUUAUACAGGCUAGUCCACGUGACCCAGAUAACUUCCCCUUUGUUGUAAUAGGAAAUAAAAUUGACCUGGAAAAUAGGGCGGUGACAGCAAAGCGAGCCCAGAGUUGGUGUAACACCAAGGGAGAAAUUCCCUACUUCGAAACAAGUGCGAAAGAAGCCAUAAACGUAGAGCAGGCUUUCCAGACAGUGGCCAAGAAUGCCUUGGCACAGGAGAAUGAUGUUGAGCUGUACAAUGAGUUUCCAGAUCAAAUCAAAAUCACCAACGACCAGAACAAGCCUAAAGAUGGCUGUGGAUGCUAAUAGAAUUAGCUGUAUAAGUGAUUUGAAAUGACAAAGACAAUUUCAGCUUUUAUAGUUGUGAAUGUCUCAAACAAUUCCAGCUGUGCGAAUGGUACAUUGAUAUCAGUCUGUGUCCAGUGCUUGAUGUGUGAUUGGAAUGCUGGAACAUUGACUCUUGUAAUACUCUGCCAAGUUUGUGAUGUCUAGAUCCCACUCGUAGCAAAUUUCACUAGCUAACUGACAUGUUCAAUAACAAUUCUGUAUCCUAAAAUAGAAAGCAUGUGUUCUGGUUGGAUAACUAUCUGUUACAAGAACCUUGAAAACCUUUUGUCUCUUCACAAAUGGUUCAGAGUGCAGGAAUUAACUUGAACAUGUCAUUUAUAAGUUACUGAAACAGAUGCCACUGGAUCUAGGUCACAAGCACCUCCAUAGGGAUCAAACUUUAAAUAGGUACUGAGUUGACAUUUUGGAAUGACAUUCUAUACUUCAAUAACAAGGGGAGAUAUUUUUAUUUAUAGUGAUUGCUAUUUUGGCCAUUAUAGCAAUAGAAGACGAUGUAUGUCUUCAGAUGGCCAUUACUGGUGUAAAAUCCUAUGAUGGAUAAUCACUGUUUUGCGUGACAUCUGUGGCUGAAUUUCUUUGCUGGUUUUUACAAAUUCUGUUAAAAGAUUGAUUAUGGUGCAAUUAUUUAUUUAUGUGUUACGAUCAAUAUUAAUUAAAAUGUAAAAAUGUGUAUCAGUGCUUGCUCUUUUUUGGAUGGAAUAUUUUAUAAAAUAGAGAAAUGAAAACAACAUGAUAUUUAUGACUCGACAUUCAAGAUAGUGUUAAGUACAGUUUUCCACAUACCUGUUGGUCAUAUGCACUUGCAGUGUCCAAGAAUUUCAUUUUGAAAUCAUAGUUCAGAUUUGUUUUAUUUCACUGUUUUCUGUUUUUGUUGUUGAAUGAACUAGUGACAUUUGUCUAGUCGUUAUACCUACUUAUUUCAAAACUUGAUAAAGAGCAAAGAUCCUGUCAUUACUGGCUGUCUUUUAAAAAAAAUCAACAUUUACUAUGCUUGACAGUUUUAGAAUUGUAAGUUACAGAUAAAAUUAUGUUGUAUAAAUGUAUAUCCUGUCUUGUACAUAGUAGUUUUGUGCAGGUUUAAAUUAAAAUCUUUCUGGAUAAGUUUGGCAUUCAAAAGUUCCUUUUUAAGUAUGUAAAUCAUAGCAUGAAAAACAUUAUAUCAUUCAUUAUGUAUUAUGAUUUAUGUAUAUUAUGUAAAAGGUGUGUAAAGUCAGGACCUGGUUGUCAACGAGUUUACUUAAAACUUACUCUAGCUAGAUAUAGUGUAUUUGCAAAAAAAUUGAAAUCCAUCACUCAAAGUACAUCAAGAAGGAAUCAAAACAUUCAUCUGAAAACUAAAACCCACAAAUAUUUGUCAAUUUCUGGGUAUUUCCCAAAAAUAAAAAUAAAUGAAAAUUUAUGGUAACCACUGUUUUAGCUAAUCAAUAAGUAAGUUUUAGGUUUUGCACAACUUGGCCCAGUUGUGCCAAAUUUAUAUUGUGUAUAUAAAAUGGAUAUUAAAAUGAUGGUAAAUGGUCUUCAAAAAUCAAUACAAGAACAAAGAUUUCUUUUUCUUUUUCCUCAGUACAAAAUUUUAUAAUAAUCUUGUAAUUUUGACUGUAAUAGUUGAAUUUAAAACUUGUUUUAUUUUGGUAUUUUACAAGUCCAACUUUUUUGUUUCACAGUGUUGUGUUGCUGAAUCAUAUUGUCUAGCGAAAAAAGUUCCAGAGAAAUAGCUGGCUUCAUUAGGAGUGUCAUGACUUGAAUUACAUAAUGUACUGGUCACAAAAUAACAUUACUUGUUAAAUUUUAUGAUUGAUGAUUAUGUGACCAGGAAAAAGAUAUGAUUUCAAAUUGAUAAAAAAAAUUAUGGGUAAAUUAACGGCCAGUUUAUGAAGCAUGACCUCUUUUAUCAGAUAGUGUUAGGGCAAAAAUUGCUUGAAAUGCAUAUAUCUUCUCUGAAAAGAGAGUUUAUUUAGAUGAUAAGGAUGAUGUAUACAUGUAUGUAUGCUAUUCAAAGCAUCUGUAUAUAUAUAUAUAUAAUACAUGUAUAUAUUCUGCACUGUUAUUUGUUUGUUGUAUAAUUGAUCCAUCUGAUCACAUCUAUCCCAUCUAUGAAUGAUUUGGAUAUAUAAUUUUAUUAGUUGUAAUUGCAGUGUGUGUUGAGUAAAGAGUGAGCGAGUGUAUAAGAGAAGACAAUAGUAAUUGAACUUCACACAAUGCUAAUAUUAGUACAUCGUAUAUAUUUAUAGUUCUCCUAACAUUUUCUACAAAAACUAAAGACUUGAAAUUGUAGAAAAGUUCUGUUUGCAAUCAUGACAGUUGAAAGUUGGAAAAUCUUUUUCAUUUCUUUUCAAUAAAUUUGAGAACUUAAGUCAUGCUUAGAGAAUUUACCAAAAGAUUAUGACUGAAUGAGUGAAGUGUCUAAAUGCAGGAAUGUGUAUAUCAGAAAAUUUGCUUGAGAUGGAGUGUAUACUUAUUAAGUACCUGGUAGUUCAUGUAUAUAGACAUUUUAUUAUUAUUGUAAAUGGUUGUCCAUGGGUAUACAUGUAUAUACAAUCCCGGAAUAGCUUUCAACAUGCAAUUUCUACAGCAUAUCGUACAGUGGAGAUUUAUCCUAAGAGAAUGUUGUCUGGGUGAGAAGUAGCUUUCACAUUAUUUGAUUUUUGUCAUCAUAUCUGAGAUUUGCAAUUUUGCUUUACUAAAGUACAAUAAUGUUCUUGGCAAUGGAAAAAUGCUUAAAAAAAUCUGAUUUUUUCACAACUUAAUUCAAAUGAUUUAAAAAAAAUAUUGUCAUCAGCACAACUCAUUCAUGAAAUUUGGUAAUAAAAGUUGUUCCUAUGGAACAGCUGUUGGCAUGUAUUUAUUUUGUUGCAAAUGAAACUACCACUAUACAAAAAAUAGCUGUUGAUUUGUUACUGCAUCUGUUUGACUGGGCUUCUAGUCAUGGCCAUCACAUCUUGCUACUUGUGAUUGUCAUAUUUUAGAGUCUUGAUUGUCCCAUUUUAAGUCUCCUCCCGAUUGUCACUACUUAGACUCCUGAACUUUCCACUUUUGACUUGUGAUUCAUGACUUCCACUAUUAGAUGUCAUGUGUUAGACUGGUGAUUUCUACAUCUUAAGUCUCCUCCCGAUUGUCACUUUGUAGGCACAAGAUCGCCUCUAGCCUGCUCCUGUGAUGCUUUCAGAAUAAUUGUGAUAAACUUUUUUCAAGUUCCACAACUCUCAUAAUGUAGUACUUUGGUUUGAAAGCCUCUGUCCAAUGAUGGGGAUCCUGCUUAACCUAAAGGCAGAAUCACUAAGCAUUCUUCAGACUUGCUGUUUUUCAGUGCAGUAGUAAUUCAUGUACAUAAAUUCUGCUUCAACAGGAAUUUUGAAAGGUAGUAAUACAGAUAUAAGAAAACUAGAAAGAAAGCAACAUAUUGUAUUCGUGAAUAUGUUCUUAGAAACAUAUAUAUUUGGUUUGUUGGGUGCAUUAGGGUGUCGACGUCCCAAAAACUGGCCAAUCAGUACAACCAUAAGGGGAAGAGAAUGUGUGACCUGUUUUAUGAAUUAUGGUGUACUAUUUUUACAUUAACAAAUAAAAAAUAUUGCAGUAUGAUAUGUAAUUAUGACAUCUUAAAAAACACAAUUCUAAUGUUUAAAUUGAUGUAUAUUAUAAUGCAUGCGACACCACUGUUUACAUCAAAUACAUGCCAAUAGUAUGCAUGCAUCUCGUCAUUCUAAUGCUUAGAGAUGAAAUAUUAUACAUACGAUGUACUUUAUGAAUAAAAUCAUCAAUAAAUCAU